AUGGAGACCAGCUAUAACUCACUGAAGAAUACCAAGUUGCUAUCUCCUGCCUUCGACAAACGCCUUGCUGUCAGCGCAGCUUUGCGCUCCGGUACUGCACAAACGCAUCACAAAGCACAGCCUGCCGUGACGCGGAGCCCGCAGCAUCCCGGCAACACGGGAAGGAACGCACAACACACACCACCCGCACACAGAAUUACAUGUUGCUUUUCUGUAAAAGCAGAGGUCACAGGCAGGAAGAAACACUGCGGGCCGCAAACCGCCUCACCGAAGCUACCAAACACGGGGCCAACCCCGACCCCAGUCUCUGUGAGGCAUGCGGGAACCGAUCACGCACUCCUCUCCCACCCCCCGCCGCCGACGGACAGCGCGGCCCGGCCGGGCCAGGCCCCUGCCCCGGGGGGCCUCGGGGCGGGCAGGGCCCCGCUUGCGCCACCAGCGGCCGCUUCUUCCGCCUCUCACAGCCGCCGCCGUCAGCCUGCUCUGAGCGCCCUGCAGCAACCAGCAGGCAUCUUCGCACGGCCGCGGUGGCCGGCGCUGGCUGACAAGACAGUCCACCCGCCCCGGCCCAGGCACCGCGGCUCCCGGCCCGUGGCGGGGAGCCCCUUCGUGCUUGUGCCCUCCGAGCCUCCUGCCUCCCACCCGGCCCCGCGCCGCCAGCCGAUCCGCCGGAACGCGAGGCCGGAGGCGGUGAAACCCGCCGCGCCCUUACCCGCUCCUCGCCCCGCCAGAACCAGCGCGCCCGAACCCCAGCUCCGCUCUUAUCCCGCUGACAGCGUCCCGGCAGCCCAUGGCGGGACAGCCCCGCCCGCCCUCGUCUCCCGGGCAACGCAGCCCCCGUGGCCCCGCCCCUGGCCCCGCCCCUCCCCGCGCCCCACCUGA